AUGUCAUCUUCUCCAUCCAACAAUCUUCUCCAAUCCGUUCUAGUUACCGGAGCCUCCCGAGGUAUUGGUCUAGAAUUUGUCAAACAACUGCUCAACAACAAAUCCUCCACUCAACUCGUCUAUGCUACUUGCAGAGAUCCCUCCCAAGCCAAACAAUUGAAUGAACUGCAACAACAACACAAGGACCGUUUGGUCAUUGAUCAAUUGGACAUUACCAGUGAUGAUUCCAUCAAUGCACUCGUCUCUCGCAUCAGUAACAAGUCUCUCAAGUUUACUCUUCUUUUCAACAAUGCAGGAAUUACCAUUCAAGUCGGAGAUUCUAUCAGUGAAAGUACUCGGGAUAAUAUGGUCAAGAUCUUUGAAACAAACACUGUUGGUCCUGUAUUGCUCUCUCAAAAAGUCUAUAACAAUCACUUGUUAGAGAAGGGAGCUCUCAUUGUUAAUAUUUCAUCCAUUUUGGGCUCUAUUGAAUUGGCCACUCAACCUUACUAUCCAAAUUAUACUGGAUACACUAUUUCAAAGGCUGCUUUGAACAUGGUAACACGUCUUCAAAGUACUGCUUGGAAAGAUGUUUAUGCUCUCUCCAUUCAUCCAGGUUGGUUAAAGACUGAUAUGGGAGGUGAGGAAGCUCCAGAGAGUGUUUCUAAUGGUGUUUCUGGUAUUAUUAACGUUAUUGAAAAAUUCAAUCCAGAGACUCAAAAUGGAGCCUUCAUUCAAUACAAUGGACAACCAUUGGCUUGUCAUUAUCAACAUUCCGAUCUUCUCUCACUUGCUUGUCGUUUGAAGAAUAUUGAAGAAGAAGAAAACGUAACAACUGCCAAUUCAAUGAGUCGCACCACUACUUACCCACGUCCUCAUGAUGAUGAUGAUAGAAUGAUGGAUGAAGAUGAAGAAAUGGAACUCGAUGUACCAACCCAUGUAUUAUUUGAAAAAGGUUUUACAAGCUUGUAUGCAAAAGGAAUGUUUACAGAAGCUGCCAAAUAUUUUGAUCGGAUAUUGAGAAGGUUUCCAGAUCAUGUUGAAGCUCUAUAUCAUAAAGGAGUCACACAUUAUGUGAGUGCUGACUUUAGUGAAACCAUCAAACUAGAGAAUCGAGUGCUUCAAUUAGAUCCAAGACAUCGUUGGGCCUACGUCAUUAAGGGAAAUGCUUACAAUGAGAGAGGUGAAUACAAGAAAGCUCUGGAGACCUUUCAAGAAUGUAUCAAAAUCACCAAUGACACUUUUGAUGUAGUCUACAAUGCAAUGGGUAAUUGCUUCUUUCUCCAAGAAGAUUUCCAAGGAAGUUUGGCCACUUACAACAAAUCCAUCUCACUUGCUCUGAACACAUUCACACUUUCGAAUAUUCAUCCAGAUGAUGUCAUUUUCAGAAUUUUGGAGAAUGAUCAAAACUUGUCUCAAAUUUGUCAGAAUGUACUCUCUCAAAGGGCGAAUGCACAUGAUGGUAGCAUUCCAUAUGUUGCACCAGAUUUCUCUAAGCUUCAACUGUCACCAGUCGAAGAACGAUUUAAAACAAGAAUUUAUGAGCGAGUUUAUCUCAUGAAAUAUACCACUGCAUGCUUGACCAUUCUCAAUAAGGGGUUAACUUUGGUUUGUAUGAAUCGAUUUAUGGAAGCACUGGAUUGUUUCUUGUUGAUCGUUCAGGUUUCUCACUCAUUGAUGGGAAAGUCAAUUUUCAAAGUUGGCAAGAGACUAGAUCCCACACGAAUGAGUGAACUGAUCGAGUUAUUGAAUAAUGAGGACUAUAUGAUAGCUAAAAACAAUGGAUCUUUGGCCUACGACAGUCGAACCUCACACUGCAUUGCUUAUUGUGGUAUUGGUAUUAUUUGUGAAGCAUUGACUUCCAAUUUAUAUUCCAAUGAAUGUGGAAUGGGAUGUCCAUGCUCGAAUGACCAUGACUCCUCUGUGGCCACAAACAAAGCUCUAACCAGCUCAUCUUCUUCAUCAGAUAUUGCAGCGGAUGCCAAACAUCAACAACACUCACAUGUUUCACACCAUAGUGGUGAUUUUUGUCGAGGAAGUUUCAAAGACAUGUUAUCGUUCAACAAGAAGAAUGAUUGUUAUAGUAUGGCCGAUCUAUUUUUCGAGAGAGCAGAUCGCCUUAUUGAGGACACUCGAAUGCGAAGAGAAGUUUUGUACUUUAAGGGAGAAGGCCUUCGAAAUAUUAGAGAUUACAACAGAAGUAUUGAAUAUUUCCAGAAGGGUUUAGAAAUGAAUCCAUUGGAAAUUCGAUCCAUGAUUGGAGUUGGAAGAGUAUCCAUUAAUUUACAAGAUCUCAAAACUGCGAGACAAAUCUUUAACAAGAUUCUUGACAUUACCGAUUAUGACCAUCCCAUUGCCAUGAAGUAUUUGCAAGUCGUGAAAAUGUCACCCCAUGCUCGAAACGAAAAAGCUAAUAUUUAUUGUGACAUAACCUUUCAAUGUCAACACUAA